CCUUUGCAAGGGGGGUCGAUGAUCUGGCAACCCCUCCUCGUCCUCCUCAGCAUCCUGAGGCUUGGCCUUCCUCAAACCGACUGCCAGUUUCGAAUGGUGGUCAAUCGCUUCGAUGCCCUCGGGGGGGACCGGGAGAUAUUCUUUAAGCAGGAGUCUCUGAAGAGCCAGAACGAAAUCUUCAAGAAGCUCGUGGACUCGGCCAUCGACCCAAACGAUAAAGACGCUUUUUACCUGGGAUUUCCGUACUACCUGAAAAUCAACCUGAGCUGCGCCCGUCAGGACUCAGCGAAAGCCAUUCGGAAGGCUCACUACACCGGACUCAUCCCCAUCGUGACCAUUGCGUUCGAAGAGCCUGUCCACUCCGUGCGGCAGAAGCCGGAGCAGCUGGAGAUUGAAAUGAAGGCUGCCCCGUAUAGGAUUUUAGAAAACUGUGACAGCGAGGAGGUUUGCUCGAUGUACUGGUACACCCCCAUGCCGAUCAUGAAUGGCAGCGUGGUGAUGUCGGUGACAGCGAAGACCAACAACCUUGGGUUUAACGUCAACAGGAGAAGGGUCUUCAUGAACAUUAACGGCUACGUGAGAGAAACACACUCAGGCCACGAAUUCACCAUUGGCGAACGGCUGACCAGUUUGAGAGGCUACUUCUCCCUGAACGAAUCCUCGCGCCCCAUGUGGUCCACUUACCAUCAAGCCCCCGUGCUCAUCCUCGGCGGCAUUCCCAACAACAAGAUCAUCGUUCUUUCGGACACAGGCUUUGAGGAUUACUUUCUAAUAGAGGUGGCCAUCGACAGCUGCUGGAUCAGUAGCCGGAAGUGCCCCUGGAAGAAAUUCUCUUCCAGCAUCCUUGACACCAUCGCCACGGAAAGCACCCUUUUCGUCCGCCAGAACCAGCUGGUCUACUACUUCACGGGGAACUACAGCGCCUUGUACAUGAACACCUCGGGGUCUGAGCUGUGGACCCGCAUACUGGCCAAGCAGUGCGUGAGGAAGCUGAACCCGGUGGAUUUCCCAAGGAAUAACACCGAGUUUGUGAUUGCCCUUGGCGGAGGCUGGCAGGAAGGCGAAUUCUUCCUCAUCUCGGUGUCAGACGGGAUUGUGAAGCAUGCCGCGACGAGCAGGAAGUCGGCCUGUACCGUUCUGGGAGGCCACUGUGAACUAUUGUGGGUCAUCUUUGCCAUCGAACAGAACCAUUUCUUUCUGCUGGUAAAAUCGAAAGCAGCACGCAACGGCUCUGUUUACUAUGUCAUGGUGUAUCACCCCGAAACGGAACAUUACGAGGUCCUUUCCACUAUUCCUCAAUUCAUACCUGCGUGUAAGAAACAGUAUUCUUUGAUCUUCGUUUAUGACUGUGCGGGUAAACCCAGGGCCAGCAAGGGGGCACUGGAGAACCUGCAGCACCCUCACCCAAUCUUCCUUUUCACAAAAAGGUACUCGGGUAAACACAAGUGCCCUCUCCCCAUUCCCUUUGCAGCCAACGACCAAGGGUUUGUGUUGCUGAUCGGGCAGGAGAAAUAUACAGAUAUCCCCAUGGUACCCAAGGGCAUCGCCUAUAAUCCCUCCAGCCUCAUCUUCUACAUCUGGGGGAACAUGAUCUUGCAAAGUAACGACUUGAAGAAUUACCUUUACCUCUCCAAUUUCCCCAGCACUUCCUCCAUCAAGUAUUUCGUGCAGUCCUACUCUGGGGAGUACGCCUGCGUGACGGAUGACGAGCAGGUCUGGAUCUCCAACGAAGGCAGCUCCGUCAUCAGGAAGAUCUAUCCGUCCAGGGCGUGGGAGCUGAACAGAAGCUUGCAGAUGAUGAGCGGGUCGUCCAGAUACCAGAUACAAGAGGCGUUGGUCACCGUGUUCUAUGACAGGCACAGCCUGCUAGAGCUGGUUUAUCUAGAGGAUGCCCAUGGCAAAGGAAAGCUGAUCAAGAGGGAAUUCCCGCAGCGGUACAUCCUGACCUACAGCCAUAUAAUCGAAUACCCUCAGCAGGCGUUCUUGCACGAUGGCAAAGACUACAUCAAGUUCAGCCACACCUGCCCGUUUGCCUGGGUGCGCAUAGUGGGUCUGCCACCUCCGCAACGCUUCACCCGGAAGGAGCAUUACCGUGCUGAGCCUCCGGACAUUAUGGAGAGAACGGGCUUCCACGACGAGAGUUCUCUGACUGUCUACCAGGGGCUGGUCUUCCAGCUACUCUGGCUGCACUCGGCUUACAACAGGCCUUACGCAGACCCCGUCCAUGACCCCACGUGGCGCUGGUGGAAGAACAAGAUGGAAGAUGCGCAAUACUAUUCCUAUGUGGCCAGCAACAGGAACUCCUCUGGGGGCAUCUAUGUCAACAUGGCCAACUACGUCAAGGUCUACAACAUGCAGGCGAGCAACGCUCUGCCCGAGAUAAUCUACCUGGACAAGAACAGCGUCUACAACUUUUCCGUGUACUUCAGCAUCAGGACGAAAGAACAGAGCCUGGGGGAGUCAGCGGAAGAAAACUCCCUCGAUUACGUGUGGCUGACCAUCAUCGUCACCCAUCCCGAAUACAUGAACGUGUUCAUGGACAGGAUGGAACUGAUCAGCAGAGGGGCCGUGUUAUAUAAGGUGACGGUUAUGGACGUCGGCGUUUACCCAAUGCAGGAUCUUAGUGGGAAGAAGCUUCUGCAGAGUUCCAUGAUCUUUAGUGUUGCAAAUGCAGUGACCAAGUGCUACGAUUACAGCCCCGUGGGACCAACAGAAAAGGGCUACCGCGUGCUGCCUGUCAUUAUCGGUUGCCCUCCGGCCAGGAGGCUGGCCUUCGACAUCACCGGCACUUUGCAGAACACCACAAGGAAGAACAAGCGCUACUUCGACUGCACGAAUCCGGACCCGGAGAUGCCCUGCUUCUUCUAUAAUGACGUGUUCUACCCUUCCUUUUUGGUCCAAGACAUGGUGACGGGAGACUCAGGCCCGUUCAAGGGAAGCUACAUCUUCAAAAUCAUUGGCGGGGGACCCUAUUCAAAGGAGAAUAUCCGCUACUUCAGCCCGGACGAGAUCUUGCGCUACAACACGAACAAUGUCAGUGAAACAUGGGGUCAGAUCUGGCUCUGUGACGAAACCUCGGGGAAUGAAACAAACGAUGAGGGCUUCCAUAUCCUGAGCGGGUUGGACGCUGGAAUUAUGUGGGUCUGCCGGGAACACUCCCCCUGUUACGACGUCUUGCCUCGAGAUAUGUUGGCUCCUGAUUAUUUCUUUGUGGUCAGAGUGACAAACAGGGGGGUGGACCAAACUACCUAUUGUGACUAUGCCUUGGAGUUCAUCAUCCACGUCCAUGGCCUGCGUCUCAGCCCCAAACGGGCCGUCUUCCUCAUGAAGGUUUCCAUGAGUUCUGUGAUCGGUCUGGUCAUCCUGUACAUGGUGACUUACAUCCUGGCCCCUAGGGUCCAGGCCCUCUGCUCCAGACUUGCCAGGAGGUUCGAGGAAGCAGUGGUUUUACGAACUGGGUCCAGCCUCACCUUCUCGUCUUCAGCGACCAGUUCCCAGAACUACAUCACCACCUUGUCCGAGGCCAGCCUCAGCAGCAGCAUGCCUGUUCAGCAGCAGGAGAAAUAG